CUCCCUUCCUAAUUCUCUCUUUCUAGUACUUGUGUCUCUGUCUUCUGUUCAAUCCGCCGUAAAUCUCUCAGUAACAAAAUCUGUCAGAAAAGAUAACGGUUUUUUCACUUCUCCCCUACCCUAUCUAUCUUUAUCUGAAAAAAUGAUCACCGGCCAUGAUUUCUACACCGUCAUGUCCGCCAUGGUGCCGUUGUAUGUCGCCAUGAUACUCGCCUACGGCAGUGUGCGGUGGUGGAAGAUUUUCACUCCCGACCAGUGCUCCGGCAUCAACCGAUUCGUCGCCAUUUUCGCCGUCCCUUUGCUGUCUUUCCAUUUUAUAUCCAUGAACAAUCCUUACGCUAUGAACUUCCGCUUCAUCGCCGCCGACACUCUUCAGAAAGUCAUUAUGCUGGUGGUGCUCGGGUUGUGGGCUAAUUUUACCAAGAAUGGGAGUUUGGAAUGGAUGAUAACGAUUUUCUCGCUUUCGACGCUUCCCAAUACACUGGUUAUGGGGAUUCCGUUGUUGAUUGCUAUGUAUGGUGAAUAUUCAGGAUCUUUAAUGGUGCAAGUUGUGGUGUUGCAGUGUAUUAUAUGGUACACUCUGCUUCUGUUCUUGUUUGAGUAUCGUGGCGCGAAGAUGUUGAUAAUGGAGCAGUUCCCGGAAACGGCAGCUUCCAUUGUUUCUUUCAAGGUCGAGUCUGAUGUCGUUUCGCUUGACGGACAUGAUUUUCUGGAAACCGAUGCGGAGAUCGGGAACGACGGGAAGCUUCAUGUGACUGUGAGAAAAUCAAACGCGUCGAGGAGAUCUCUUGGGCUUGGUUCAAUGACUCCACGGCCGUCGAAUCUCACCGGAGCGGAGAUUUACAGUUUAAGCUCGUCGAGAAACCCGACUCCGAGAGGUUCAAACUUUAAUCACUCGGAUUUCUACUCUAUGAUGGGGUUUCCCGGUGGCCGGUUAUCGAACUUCGGUCCUGCGGAUGCUUAUUCAGUUCAGUCAUCAAGAGGUCCGACACCCAGACCUUCGAAUUUCGAGGAGAGUACAGCUCCGGGACCUCUGAAUAUGAAUUCUCCGAGGUUUGGAUUUUACCCAGCUCCGCAGACAGUUCCGGCAGCUUAUCCGGCGCCGAAUCCGGAAAUUACUUCGUCCGUUACGAAGACUGCUAAAAGUCAACAACCACUGACGCAACCGCAGCCACAACCGUUACAAAAUGGCGCUCAAAAUAAAACUAAUCAUGACGCUAAAGAGCUUCACAUGUUCGUCUGGAGCUCCAGUGCUUCGCCGGUGUCCGAGGGCGGCGGGCUUCACGUCUUCGGAGGUAAUGAUUUCGGAGCUACGACGGAGCAGCCGGGUCGUGCAGGUGCAGACCAACAGGGUGGUGCGAAGGAGAUCAGGAUGUUAGUCCCCUCAGAUCACCACCAAAACGGUGAAACCAAAGAUGCAUUGGGGGGAGAAGAUUUCACUUUCGGUGGAGAUAGAGAUGGAGAUGAUGAUAAGGAUAAAGAGGCUCAAAUCGGACUUAACAAACUCGGUUCAAGCUCCACGGCGGAGCUCCACCCAAAGGGUGUCUCCAUGGACGACGGUGUCGCCGGAAAACAGAUGCCGCCGGCGAGUGUGAUGACCCGAUUGAUAUUGAUAAUGGUUUGGCGGAAAUUGAUCAGGAACCCAAACACGUACUCCAGUCUGAUUGGUCUAAUCUGGUCUCUCGUGUCGUUCAGGUGGCAUUUGGCAAUGCCCGUCAUAAUUAGUAAGUCGAUCUCAAUACUCUCGGAUGCUGGUCUUGGAAUGGCUAUGUUUAGCUUAGGACUAUUUAUGGCACUUCAACCAAAAAUCAUAGCAUGUGGGAAUUCAGUUGCUUCAUUUGCAAUGGCGGUGAGGUUUCUGACGGGACCGGCGGUGAUGGCGGCGGCUUCUAUCGCCGUCGGCCUUCGUGGCAAUCUCCUCCAUGUCGCAAUUGUACAGGCUGCGUUGCCCCAAGGAAUUGUCCCUUUUGUUUUCGCAAAGGAGUACAAUGUUCAUCCAGCAAUUCUUAGUACUGCGGUUAUUUUCGGAAUGUUGAUCGCCUUGCCUAUAACUUUGGUCUACUACAUCAUUCUUGGAUUGUGAGUCAAAAUCAUGGGAAAGAAGAAGUGAUGUUUUUAAGAUUGAGGGACAAAAUCUUAUGAAGACUCCCAACACAUUUGGAAUAUGGAAUUUUUGACCUCUUUCCCUUAAUGUAAGGAUCAUGCUCCUCACAUCUCCCAAUGUUUUUGUAUCUUUUGAUGUCUACAUUUUCAAGAAAUGAGGAAAGCAAGGAAGGAGAUAGAUUAGAAGAGAGGAAACAAAUAGGAGGAUAAUAAGGGAAAUUUAAUUCUUUCUUUUUCCUCCUUUGGGUUAGUGAUUAUAUUAGGAAAAAGGUUAGGAUUGAUGGCAAAAUGGAAUUAUGUGUUUUCAUAAUCGUUUUCGGUUCUUGUUUUUUUGUUGGCUAGUGUUGGUUGUUUGUCGUAUUUGUAUCUCUUUUGGUGUAAUUAUUUAAGGGUUUUAAUUAAAUAUGAUGUAAAGUUUUCAUG